UCCUAUCCACGAACAAUACAAACCAAAGAAACAACCAUCUAUCAGGAAGGAGAGACAAACCAAAGAAACCGCGGGGGAAAAUGGCCUCCCUCUUCUCCCUCUCUUCUUCCUCUUCUUCUUUCCUCUGCUCUAACAAAUCCAUAAAGCUGUUCUCUCCCCCAACCAGGACACCUACCUUCUGUUCAAGGUCUUUCUCUGUAAAAUCUCUUAGUUCGCCGGAAACUACCACACUUUCACCGACUGUCCAAAGCUUUUGGAGAUGGGUUUGUGACAAGGGAGUUAUACCAACCAAAUCUCCACCUGUAAAGCCCGCGGUUGUGCCGGAAGGUCUGGGACUGGUAGCCCAAAGGGAUUUUUCACGGAACGAGGUGGUUCUGGAAAUACCCAGUAGGCUUUGGAUAAAUGCCGACACCGUGGCGGCUUCAGAGAUCGGGAAGGUCUGCGGUGGGCUGAAGCCGUGGGCAUCCAUAGCUCUGUUUCUUAUUAGAGAGAAGUCGAGAGAGGAUUCGCCGUGGCGUUCUUACCUCGAUAUCCUUCCAAAAAUCACGAACUCCACUAUAUUUUGGUCAGAAGAGGAGCUUUCUGAGCUUCAAGGAACCCAACUGUUGAGCACAACCUUGGGUGUGAAAGAAUAUGUUCAGAGUGAAUUUCUCAAAGUUGAAGAAGAAGUAAUACUCCCAAACAAACAUCUUUUCCCUUCUAUUACACCAGAUGAUUUCUUGUGGGCAUUUGGGAUACUCAGGUCAAGGGCAUUUUCACGUGGACAAAAUCUUGUUCUAGUUCCUCCUGCAGAUUUGAUCAACCACAGUCCCAGCAUAACUACAGAAGACUAUGCUUGGGAGAUAAAAGGAGCUGGCCUCUUCUCGAGGGACCUCUUGUUUUCUUUGCGGACCCCAGUUUUUGUCAAGGCUGGAGAGCAGGUCCUGAUCCAAUAUGAUCUUGGUAAGAGCAAUGCCGAGUUCGCAUUAGAUUAUGGAUUUAUUGAACCAAAGCCAGAACGCAACACAUAUACUUUGACACUGGAAAUCUCUGAAUCAGACCCAUUUUUUGGGGACAAGCUGGACAUUGCAGAGUCCAAUGGUCAAGGUGAAACUGCUUACUUUGACAUUUGUCUGGGAUGCCCUCUUCCACCAGCAAUGCUUCAAUAUCUACGGCUGGUAGCUCUUGGAGGAACCGAUGCAUUUCUUUUGGAGUCAGUUUUUAGAAACACAGUUUGGGGUCACCUUGAAUUGCCAGUCAGCCGUGCCAAUGAGGAGCUCAUAUGUCGAGUAGUCAGAGAUGCCUGCAGGACUGCACUAUCUUCUUAUAGCACCACCAUUGAAGAGGAUGAAAAGAUUAGGGAAGGGAGAAACCUGAAACCAAGACUGGAAAUAGCAGUUGGUAUAAGAGCUGGAGAAAAGAAAGUGUUGGAGCAGAUUGAUGGGAUUUUCAAGAAAAGGGAGUUGGAGCUGGAUGGUUUGGAAUACUAUCAAGAAAGGAGACUAAGAGACCUUGGUUUGGUCGGGGAGCAAGGAGAAAUCAUUUUCUGGGAAUCCAAGUAGAGCAACUGUAGUUUAUUGCCUGUGAAACUUGGCAAAAUUUAUUUCUCCUGCUUCUUGUAAAGGCCUUGGCUUCAUGGAAUAGAAGACGUUGGCACUGGUGCAGGAUUCAUUUUGUAUGCCAUCUUUAUUGCUACUUGUUAUAACAUCCAAAGCCUUUAACCUUUAAGGCUGAUCUGGCAUUCCUUAAGGACGCCUAAGACUGGUUAGAUUA